AAAGUCAACGAGCCUGUGCGUGUUCACGGUCACGUAGCCUACGGGGAAGUCGUCGAGCAACAUCAUCGCGACCCUUCUCCUUACUUCCGCUCCUUGUAGCAUGGAAAGUGUGGUAUAAGGCACCAAUUAGGACGAAUCCUGUCUAAGAGGCGCGUGGUUACCUCGAUAUCCCCUCCAAGCACGCAACUAAGUCGUCCAUAUUGGUCCUUCUCUUCCCAACCUGAUAGAAGACGAGUAAAUCCAAGUAAUGGGGGUAACCACGCGCAUCUUAUGCAGAACUUGCUUCAUACCUUGUAAACUGCCCUAAUUUUCCCCUUAUAUGAAGCCUACAUCUGCAGUACACCCCCUAUCUUAUCUCCACGCUAUUUCCUAUUUUCCUUACCUGUACGAAAUUGCAACAAAACGUUUCUGCAUCGUAAAGCGUCCAUAAUUCGUUUCCGCAUUUCUCAGGUUCACCAGACGUCUAAACUCUAAAAGAAGAACGUCCUCGUGAAUCAAGUAAUUGAUCGGUUAACGUGUCUACGUUUUAAUCUAUUUUUUUUUUUUUCUUAAACGAUGAUUAACGGAAACUCGCGAGACGACGUCAAAGAUUUCGUGGAAACGGCGAUCGCCUAACAAAGUUUAUUAGAACUCGAGUGGCGUCGAAUCGUAACCGAACGGCAUCGAAUUACGACGAGGUCGAUCUUGAUCGGAGUCAAUCGAUACGAUCUACAUGCGUAGAUCGCGCGAACGAUGGCGUGCUCCUUAUCUCGGAUGGUUAAACGCGAGACUUGCAGUCUGCGGAGCAAGGUGAAUUAUAUUCAAGAUUUCAUAAUGAAUAAACAACGUUUAAAAAUUCGUUGAAACUAGUAUCCAGACGAGAGUUAAUUCGCCAAAGAAUCUACAAUUUUGAUGAGGGAUUGCCUUGCUUUAUGUGUAUUCAAUUAGGGUAAAGAAAAAGUUCAUUUAAAAUUAACUCGCUGUAAAAUCAACAUUUUAAUUAUUUACACUGCUAUCCCGAAAUUACUUUAUAUACACAUUAUCUAACGUCGGUACUCGACCACCAACGAUCGCUCGAGAGGAUAAGUAGAGUGCUCUUCUCAGAAAUGAGUCCCUCUUUAUUAAAUCGCGAGAUAUCCUACAAUCGCGGCGGGUCAAUAAAUAAAUAAACGAGUGUGUUUUAAUGUCUCUUUGGCGAAAGGGGCAGCAGAGUGGUCGAACACGUUCAGUCGCACGCAGAAGUGUGCUACUGUAUGUGGUGGACAACCAGAAAGCUAAAUGACGAGGUCGAGAGCCGAACCGAGUUGCACCGAGGCCAGCCGACUCGAGGCGAAUCAGGUCGAUGUCAGACGAGACGAAGCGAACUCAACCGAAUCGGGACGAGUCGAGCCAGCAGCGCAUGCAAUUCCGUGAUGAUGGCAGUCUAGCACGAGCUGUAGCUCAGGAGACAUCCGUAGGGGACUUGCUUGUUUCAAGUGAAUGAACAAGAGAAGAUGCCUGGCCACCGUCAGCCUAACUCCCUAGAGGGGCUUAGUUUGGGACGUGUGUGUCAACAGCUCGACGGAACGUGCCGAAGGCUUCAGGUGCUUUCACAAGAGUCAUCCACCGCACAAGUGUUGGCUUACGCUAAGCAGACUAUCAGACCUUACUAUAUAAAUGCUCUGCCAGCACGUUUAAGGUCUCAAGUUGUAGAGGAGACAUCGAAAAUGUUAUACGGGCCUGCAUCUGAUGGAUCAACAUUAAUUUCUGGACCAGCUCCUUUGUAUCUACUGGCCCUGCUUCUUGGGCAUGAUAUAAAGCAGUUGAAAGUGAAUCUCUGUUGUUACUAUGGAUGUAGUCAUCAGACAUCUUUGUUAAAACUACUCGCGACAGAAGGAAUUGGACUAGAAUCUUUGGAGUUUGCACGUUCAGCUCUACUAAGAUUAGACUGUAAAUUACUGAGAUCUGCACUUGUGAAUAUGAAAAAUCUGGUAAGUCUGACUCUGCGUAACAUAGCCAGUGAUGUGGUGCUUCAAGUUGUAGGAAAGGCUUGUCCAAAACUGGUACUUUUGGAUGUAGCCUGUUCCAGACAAGUGACAGACAUAGGAUUAAAGCAAUUGUUGUUGCAAGUAGAACUUAGAGAUAAGGUGCCUCAUGCAGCAACGCAAGAACCUACCAGUUGGUCUCGUUUGAAAACAUUGCUUUCUAAAUUAAAGAUGAAGAAUUCUACGUCGCAAAAGAAGGAAAAGCAUGGGGUGCUAUUGGAAUAUUAUGAGAGCAGAAACUUUCUCUGCGAUACACUCAGAGUACUCAAUGUUGCAAACACUGGGGUGACCAGUGCAGGAGUACUUCUGGCUUUGGUACAUGUUCCACAAUUGGAAUCCUUGGCAGAGUAUAGCCAUAUGGGAAGAGUGGUGGAAAUCAUGAGCAAAGGGCUAGUUGGAUUUAAAACUUCGUUUAGCCUAACUCAAGCGAGAAGUUGCAGAACCACGCCAGUUCGUUUGGAACUUUUGGCGCAGGCAUGUCCAAAAGUGGAAAAGUUACACAUUUCGGAACCUCAUCAUCCGCCUGAAGCUUUGCGACUAUUCCCUUACGUUACUUCUCUAAGUGUGCACAGUAUACCACCUCAAAAAGAAUGGCUGGACGGUUUCUACGACUAUCUUCGCACGAACGGUCACAAUUUACGCGAACUUAAUCUCAGAAUAGCUCAACACGAGAAUCCUAUACAAGUGGACUUGAAAGAAAUUUUCAGCAGUUGCUGCAACCUCAGAACAUUCACUAACGAUGGUUCGAAUACAAUUUGGAACGAAGGACCCGAUCCCCCACCGCUGAAAAGUUUGAAGAAGAUUCAAUUGGGAUGCAUAGUAAGCGCUGUCGCGAUAACAAAAAUUCUUUUGUUAGCUCCACAGUUGACAGCAUUGCAUGUUCAUAGCUGCUUCGAUCUUACAAACGAACAUUUGGAAAAGUUGUUGAGUGCGUCGAAUAAGCACAGACAUUCGAGAAAAUCUGAUAAGUGUGAAAAUAGUUUAGUACAAAAUCUGACUUGUUUUUAUAUAUACGAGGUCAGUAAAGUGUCAGCAACGACCGUGCUAAAUAUGUUUAAAAACUGUAGAAGAUUACGAAAAAUUGGAAAUUUGGCGAACUGGGGUUUAGACUGUGAAGGCGUUAGGAUGCUAAGGACGACACUGAUUCGGGCAAAUUUGGAUGUGGAUCUAUGUCCAGGAGCACAUUGGUUUUGGAGCAACUGUAUUCAAUAACAGACUUACUACACCUACUGUACUAAUAAUAAAAUUAGCUCCAUAAAAGUUCGAUUCAUGAACCAGCAAUUGCCAUUUAAUUCGGAUCUGUUAUUCUUUAAUAGACUGUAAAAUUGUCAGUAUUAAACAUUUUCUUAAUGAACAUAAGACAAUUUGUAUUUUUUUAAAAAUACGAAGAAAAGUUUGUUACGUAUUAGGUAAACAUAAAUGAAACCGUAAAUCUAAAAAGAAUAAUAGAUCGUUUUCUUAGAAAAAUAUGUAUACUGUUCGACUCCGUGUUUGGUUACGAUUAUAAAUGUUGAAAUAACAUGCAAUAAUAAUGUAUUACGUGUAACGCGAAGAAAUGUAUAGGGCUAUUCCAUGUCAUAGUAACUUACUAUACAUUAAUACUAAUCUAACAAAUAAAUCAAAAUAUAUAAUACUAAGUCUAAAAUUUAAAAUAUCUCUGCCUGUACAAAAAAGUCAAUGUUUCCAUAAUAAAUGCGAUUUUAAUGACGAAACAAAUGAUAUAAUAAAACAUAUUGACAAACGGAAUGAAUUUCUUUUCGAGUCGAAAAUAAUGUAAAUUUUGUAUAUAUUUGUAUCGAAUGACAAUUGAAAACUGAGUGGUACAUGGCAUCCGAUCAUAAUAAAAAUUCCUUACAGAAAA